AAGAUGUCGAAAUUCACACUCUGACUCUUGCAUUCAACCGCCAACUCACCACCCUUGACACCAUGAGCUACUACGGCAACUACUAUGGAGGCCUGGGCUACGGCUGUGGAGGCUUCGGUGGCCUGGGCUGUGGCAGUGGCUGGGGAUGUGGCAGCUUCCCGAGACUGGGCUGGGGCUGGGGAGGCUACAGAUAUGGCUGCGACCGCCCACUGUGCUAUGGAGGAUAUGGAUUCUCUACCUUCUAUUAAACAUACUGUUGAAAUUGAA